AUGAAACUCAUUGGCUUAGCAUCAUUUAUUUGCAUCUUUUCUUUUGUGGAAUACUCGGAAUCUUUACUCUGGCCAUCAUCCUCAAAUUUGGGUCUAACUCUUUCAGUUUCUACGCCCAUUGCCGAACUGUACCCAGAGCGUCGCAUACUAAUCGAUUGGUGUUUCGCCAUCUCCUACAACUAUCCAUACAAACUGUCCGAAUUCUACAGCAUACCCAUAUGGCCGGGCUUUGCCAAUAACAAAGCGAAACGUCAUGUGCCACAAUUGGAAGAAACGGAUGCCAACUUCUACACUAAAUACGGACACGAUGUGUUGUCGGGCAUACAUCCCAAGGAUUUCUCAGCUGCCGAGCUAUACGCCUUCCUCGAGGAUACGCUGGCGGGCUAUGGCUACCAUGAGACAUGCCUCCUGCGUAGUGUUUGCGAACUAGCCCAGCAUCCGUUCGAUGACAACCAUCAGCAUAUGCUGACUGAUUUUGUGACAUUUGUCCUAAGUCCCUCACAGCAUGAAGGAUUCCGGGAUGGUGAAACGGUCUACAAGCAGGCCUACGAGUUGGCCGAACAAGAUGGGUUCCUAGGCAGGGACUGCCAGCAGCUGUAUUCCCAUUGUAAGCACGAUAUCUUACAGCACAUAAGCCAAGUUAUAUUUCACUAG